AUUCUGUACUCGUAUCUGUUUUAAAUCUCAAAAAGAUUGGUCAAUUUUGUUGGAAAAGUUUUUUAAUUUAUCGCGAGUAAUAACAGACUCGCACAGUAGAGAAGAAAUUGAAAGAAAUAACAAUGAAUAAUUGUGGAAUAUACCUGAUAUUUUUUCUAUCAGUUAAUCUGUUGAUUUCAUUGGGCCACGUCGCCGGUUCCAAGGUGUUACAAAUUCGUGGCAUACCUAUUGCAAAAAGUUCGCUUUAUUCAUCAGAUCGUGACUUCCAGUGCCUUGAUGGAAGCCUAUUAAUACCAUUUUCACGUGUAAACGAUAACUAUUGUGAUUGUGCCGAUGGCAGUGAUGAACCUGGUACACCUGCCUGCACCAACGGUUCAUUUUAUUGUGAAAAUUCCGGUCAUAAGCCACGCUAUAUACCAUCCACCUGGGUAAAUGAUGGUGUUUGCGAUUGUUGCGAUGCAAGUGAUGAAUAUAACUCGGUUAAAGAAUGUCCAAAUAAUUGUAAUGAACUUGGAAAAGAAGCUAGGUUGGAACAACAAAAGGCAGAAGAAUUAAUCAGGGAAGGGAAUAAGAUAAGAAUGGAAAUGAUUGCCAAGGAACAAUUGAAGGCAGAUUAUCAGGCACAAUUAGUUAAAUUACGUGCUGAUUAUGAAGAAGCAGAACGCGUGAAGAAAGAGAAAGAAUUAUUGAAAACUCAAGCAGAAGAACGAGAAAGUGCUGCUUUAGAAAAAUAUAAGACAAUUGAAUCUGAGCAACCAACACAGGAAGAAGGAGAAGAGGAAGAAGAAUUGCACGAAUCAGAUGCUGAGGAUUAUUUUAAAUUAUUAGAUUCUGAUAAUAGUGGUACCAUAACAGUUGCAGAACUUCAAACUAGAGUGACAUUUGACAAAGAUCGGAAUGGAAUUGUAAGCGAAGAAGAGGCAAUAUUUUUCUUAAAUAACCAAAAAGAGAUCAAUCUUCAAGAAUUCAUGGACACAGCAUGGGCAAAUAUCAAGCCAUUUUUAAUGUUAGAACAAGGUAUGUUUAAACCAGCAGAGCAAAAAGAAGAAGAAAGAGAAGGAGAAGAAGAAGAAGAAGAAGGAGAAGGAGGAGAAAAUGUUCACGAACCAAUAGAAGAUAGAUCUGAGCAAGAGAAAGAUGAAAAUGAUGGUACAGAGGCGGAAGAGGUAACAGAUGAAGAACAGAAGAAAACUGAAGAACCUCAAGUGCAAUACGACGAAGAAACGCAAGCUCUAAUUGAUGAAGCAACAGUUGCUCGUGAAAAUUUCCAAGCAGCAGAAAGAUCUGUAAAUGACUUAUUAAUGGAAAUCAGAAAGUACGAAGAAAAAUUAAAUCGUGACUUUGGUGUGGAGCAUGAAUUCGCUCCUCUGGAUGGUGAGUGUUUCGAGUAUAGAAAUGUGGAAUAUAUCUAUACUUUGUGCAUGUUUGUAAAAGCGACGCAGAGAUCGGAAUCUGGUGGCAAUGACGUUAACUUAGGUCACUGGAACGAUUGGAGCGGACCGGAAGGUCAAAAGUAUUUCAAGAUGAAAUAUGAUCGAGGACUUAGCUGUUGGAAUGGACCUGCGCGUUCUACUAUGGUCAAUUUAAGCUGUGGUAAAGAAAAUAAACUAGUCUCAGUGACAGAACCUAGUCGAUGCGAAUACGCUAUGGAAUUUACCACGCCAGCUGUAUGCAAUCUCAGCCUGGAAUCCGCUAAUGCACACGACGAAUUAUAAAUUUCAUAUCUCGUAAACGCGCGAAAUUUAAUACUAAAUACGCGAUUAUAUGAAAUUGAAAUAUAAGAUAUAUAAAAAAAUUAGCAAGGAUAAAUAAUGAUCACAUCGAUUCAUCCAGUUCGUUUUUCGAACGUUAAACUUUAACGUGAAACGUUAUAACAAUCGCGUGUUUACACGUCAUUUUUCAUUGUUGUAAACAAAUGAAACUCAUAAUUAUCUCUUGCACAUUACGUAAUAAUAAUGUGAUGAAACAUCGAAUCUGUGAUUGAUUAUUCGUCCUUGCAUUAGAAUUUUCUCGUCAUUGUACUUGUAUACUAAACAAACGGAAUUCGUAGCCGAUAACGCGGUCGUGAGUUAUCGACGAGCUCGGUUUGCUUAAAUAGUAGAGAGAGACAUUUUAAUAUUCGUGUGAAUAAGUGAAUAAGAAAUUGUUGUUACAUGGUCAUUGCCAAUAUCGUGUCACUGUUAUACAUUCCUCUUUUUGUACGAGAUGAAUUUUUUAUGAGAUCAGAUCGGAAUAAAACGAUGACCUGAACUGUUUCACUCGUCGUUAGGUCACCACGCGAUCGAGCGACUAAUUCUUUUCGUCUUCAAAUCCUUAGA